CUUUCCGCACUCCGGUGCCAGGAGCCCUAGUAAGCUGCUGGGACCCUUUCCUCAGGCCUGCGAACGGAGUGCCGUUGGGGUGGGGUCGGGGGUAGAAAGCCCUGUUGUGCCGACCACUUUGGCCACGGGCCCGCCUGCCGAGCUGUGCGCCCCUUGGGGCAGCCCAGGUGCUCCUUCCGGAACGGAGGCCUUUAUCUGGGUGCUCUGGAGAAAGCCAGGGAUCUGUUGAGCUCAGUGUUCCGUGCAGGCAGCCCCCUCCUGUCCUGAGAGAGAACACACACCCUCGGGCAAAGCCAACGCCCCAUCUGCUCCACUUGCCCAGCAGGGCCCGUGACCCUUUAACUUCCUGAAGGAACCCCUAGAGAGAGGCCUUCUCUAGGGGUGUGGGUGUGUGUAUGUGACGGAGGAAGGAGUUAGAGGCUGUCUUGGCUACAAGACAGUAGGGAACCAACAAAUUGAAUGUUCUGUGAUCUACGAGCAUUUUGUCAUGUCAUGUUUAUUCGCUCUGGUGAAAUUGUCAGGAAGGUACUCUUGUCCCUCUUUUCACCUAAGAGUAAUAAACCAGCUCAGAGGGUUCAGAAUCUACGUCCUGCAAUAGAUAAGUGCCGAGUUGAGAUUUGAACCCAGUCCUGCCCCUACAGCAGCGCCUCCUGGUGGGCGGUGAAGACUCUUGCCCAACCUGUUCAUUUCUUUAGGAGCUGAAACAGGACCCUCCUCUUCCUGGUUCUGACAGCCCAGCUGGAGAGAGAAGGGACAAGAUGAAGCUCAUCAUCCUGGAGCACUAUUCUCAGGCCAGCGAGUGGGCGGCCAAAUACAUCAGAAACCGCAUCAUCCAGUUUAAUCCAGGGCCAGACAAAUACUUCACCUUGGGUCUCCCCACCGGGAGCACCCCACUUGGCUGCUACCAGAAGCUGAUUGAGUACUAUAAGAAUGGAGACCUGUCCUUCAAAUAUGUGAAGACUUUCAACAUGGACGAGUAUGUGGGCCUUCCUCGGGCACACCCAGAGAGUUACCACUCCUUCAUGUGGAACAACUUCUUCAAGCAUAUUGACAUCCACCCCGAAAACACCCACAUUCUGGAUGGGAACGCAGCUGACCUGCAGGCUGAGUGUGAUGCCUUUGAAGAGAAGAUCAAGGCUGCAGGCGGGAUUGAGCUGUUUGUUGGAGGCAUCGGCCCCGAUGGACACAUUGCCUUCAAUGAGCCGGGUUCUAGUUUGGUGUCCAGGACCCGUGUGAAGACACUAGCCAUGGAUACCAUUCUGGCCAAUGCCAGGUUCUUCGAUGGAGAUCUUGCCAAGGUUCCAACUAUGGCCCUGACAGUGGGUGUGGGCACUGUUAUGGAUGCCAGAGAGGUGAUGAUCCUCAUCACAGGUGCUCACAAGGCAUUUGCUCUGUACAAGGCCAUCGAGGAGGGAGUGAACCACAUGUGGACUGUGUCUGCUUUCCAGCAGCAUCCUUGCACGGUAUUUGUGUGCGAUGAAGAUGCCACCCUGGAGCUGAAAGUAAAGACUGUCAAGUAUUUCAAAGGUUUAAUGCUUGUUCAUAACAAGUUGGUGGACCCCUUGUACAGCAUCAAAGAGAAAGAAAGAGAGAAAAGCCAGUCUUCUAAGAAACCAUAUAGUGAUUAGCCUGUGCUAACACUGCUAUCGAGUAACUGCUGGGACAGGCGAGGGCUUCCAGAAAUUGUCUUUAAGAGAAUAGAAUUGUAUUUCUUUAUUCCAGUAUGAUCACUCCAGAUGAAAUGGGCAAAUUUAAUGUUCUUGUCUAUAUGGCUUGGAGCCUAGUUAAUAGUUUAGCUACCGGGAGAAUGACUUUAUAAAUUACUCUUGAUCAGAAAAAAAAAAUCUCUGAAAAAUGUGUUCUAUAAAUUUGCCUCUGACACUGUUCACAUGUACACUCCUGACAUGAACACUCCUGUCAUGAACUGCCAUCAUUUACAUGCACUGAUUCUCUACUAGGAGUGAGUCGGGGCAUGUGUAUAUAUGGACAAUAUACACAAAUCUUGAGGGCCCCUUUAGAGCAGGUCUGCCCCUUACUUGAGAACCACAUUUCCAGAUUAAAGUAAGUAUAAGGAAGAAGUUCUCUGGUCAGUAACAAGUGCCAUGGAAAUAAAAUUACCUCUUGACUUUGUUUCCCCAGUUUUUUGUUUUUUUUUCCUUCCUCUUUUUCUUCCCUCUCAGUUGGCCUUUCUAUGAACUUGGAGGAUUCCUUGGAGAAGGCUUUGGAUGGAGAGGGGUAAAGAGGUUUUUGCUGAUAAACUCUUGAGUGUCAAGGGACCCAGUCACCACGUCAAACUCCUCUCCCUCAGGGACCCUCCAGCACCAGGAGGAAGACGGAAACCCCUUUUCCCACCAGAGCCCAGUGUUUUUGUUCCACGUUUUCACUGUGGCAUCUCUCUCUUACAUAUUAUUAAUAAGGAAGAGGUCUACCAGGACAACGGGCACUGCCAUGAUUUCAUUGUGUCCAACCAAGGCAAUGAGAGCCAGUGCAAGCAUCUGCGUGAUGACAUAAAUGUUUUCCUGCUUCCCUAAGACUUGAGUGCUAAGACAUCAUGCCAAAUGCUCCUAAAAUUGCUUAGACCCUUACCCAUUUGUUCUGCCCUUCUAGCCCUCUCAUGUUCCCAGAACAUUAGGAAAUACAAUCCUUUUAUCCAUUCACCCUUCUUGAAGAGAUAUCUAUUCUGCCACUUACUUUUAUCUUAAGACUUCCUUGAAGUGGAUGCUGCCACCUCCUUUUUUUUGUGCCUGUUUGAAGCUGUUGCUGCCUGUUUCUGGGAAAGAUGCUUCAGAGCCUAGCUGUAGCCUCUAAUUACUAUGUUUGGUAACAAUGUUUUGUCUUUAGCUUUUAUACAUGGUUGUGCUAUUAUCCUGUUUUAAGCUAAUGAAUGGAUCAGUGGACUUGUUUACAAUGUGGUAUUUUUCUAUUAAAUUCAAUAUUUUCAAAUAAAA